AUGGAGGCGGCCCCGCUGGAGAGAUGGGAGGACCUGAACACCAUAUUGGAGGAGGGGAACGCUCUGUUCAAGGAGCGGCGCGCGCCGGACCAGGACGACUCCGUGCCGUGCGUGCCCACCUUGCACUGGCUGAUUGCGCGCGUCGCCAAGCGCCCUGCGCCCAAGAUGGGUCUCCUGCGGGAGAUUCGAGGGGAUACGGAGCGACCGCACCAGGGCAAGCAGUACCAGUGGCCCGAAAUCGACCACACGUACGCGUUUUCCAUGCGCUGGUGGGCCAAGGAGGAUCCGUCGGCAGAAGUCAUGUGCUGGCGCCUCGAGGGGAGGAGCUGGUACUGGAACAGCGCCCUCGCGUCCUGGACGUGCCCGCGAGUGGCCCGGUGCGACCCGUGCGGGGACCGAUCGUCGUUCGGGAACUUCGAUCACGUAUACUGCAGAGGCCCCUCGUCCGGGAAGAACAGCGACGGGCGGUACGACGGCUACGUGACCAACCUGCACCUCUCCGACCUCAAACUCGACGGCCCCAUCCCCGAGGAACUCUGCCUCUUCUCGCGCCUCCGCGAACUCGACCUCGACGGCGGACGCCUCGAGUCCGAGCCCGGCACCGGCCACGCGGUCCCCGAGUGGGUCCCCGACUGCUUCCCGGACCUCGCCGAGCUCGACCUGUCGUACAACCGCCUCAGCGGGACCAUCCCGGGGGGGAUCUUCGAGAAGUUCCCGCAGCUGGAGGAGUUCGAGAUCUCGAACAACAGGGUCGAGGGGACGCUCCCGGCGAACAUGGGCGCGGCGCGGAAGCUGCGGGAGAUCGAGCUGCACAACAACCGGCUGACGGGAACACUCCCCCCCUCCCUCAGCCUGCUGAACGAGACGCUGACAGCCAUCACGCUGGCGGACAACGACCUCUCCGGGGAGCUCGGCCCCGCGGUCGCCGGCGCCAGCCUCUUCCGCGUGUCGGUGCACAACAACCCGGGGCUGUGCGGCAUGGUGCCGGCGGGCGUGAGGUUCGCCAACGGAUACAACCCCCACGGAACCGGGCUGGGAAAGCCCUGCCCCGCGUGA